AUGUUUGAGGAAAAACUUGAAGACACUGACCGAAGGAGCCAGCAUCAGCUAGACAUCUUGGAGAGAGAGAGAAGGCAUCUGCAGAGGCAGCUGGCUCAGCUGCAGCCUGUGGGUGAGAGAGAGAGGCUGCGUAUGGACAGUCUGGGCUCUCGGGAAGACUCAGAUCAGACAGAGUCUGACAGAGAGGACAUUGAAGUGGACGUAGAAAGCACUGAGUUCUCCCAUGGAGAGAUGGACAGUGUCAGCACAAGUGGAGUAAGUGAUCUGGAUGACCACAGCAGCCGACAGAGCUCCAUCAGUGACGAAGGCUACUCCACCUGCAGUCUCAAACUGGCCUUCAAUGUCUGAAGCACCAGCUUAGCCUAUCCCUCCAGCUGCAGUGUCCUCACCGUAACACUAGGCUAAAGCUCCAUCCUCUUGCAGUUUAGACUAACUGUUCAGAAGUACCAGCCUAAGCCAACUCCUCCAACCCAGAACCUGCCUUACGUUGAGUCCCAUUUACAAGGGCUCUUUUGAAGAGUCAACAUUAAUUAAUCAUGUUAUGUACUCAAGUAGAACUCUCAUGGCAAUAUACAACUUCAUUUUUGAAGCUGAAACUCGACUUAACCAAUUACCUGAAUGCCCUUAUUUUACAGGCUUCUGCAACAGAUGCAUAACUCCAUUAAAGCUACACCAGCAAAACAA